AUGGAUGUAGAGAAAGAUACUGUUUGCAUUGGAAUUCCUGUAACCAAUCCCACAGCUGAUAUUCUGGAAUUAGAAGUGGAACUAAUAGAUCCUGUUACACUUAGUGGUGAAAGAAGCCUUGUUCUCCAGCCAAAAGAAACAUUUCACUAUGAAGUAAAGUACUCUCCAGCUGUUACUGGAGCGUCGGAUGGAAGUGUUGUAUUCCAGUCAGAGAAGCAUGGAGAGUUUUGGUAUGCACUGAAACUGAAGGCACAGAGACCUCGGUCCACAAAAUUGCCUAUAGCAGAAUGUGAACUUGGAAAAUGGGUCCGUCAAAAUAUCCAUCUGGUUAAUCCUACAUAUGAAAUUCUGGAGCUGAACUAUAUGAAUAGCAAUACAGCCCAUUUUAUUAUGGAGAUAGACCCCAAAAUCCCUUUGGUUGUAGCGCCUCAUUCCACCACUGAAGUACCAGUUCAGUUUUUUCCUUCUGCCCUAGGAAGGGCCAACCACACAGCAAAAAUCACUUUCAUGUGCCCACAGCUUGAGGAAUGGGUAUUUUUAUUGUCUGGGGUUGGUCUGAUUCCUCAGCCAUUGGAGCCAUCUUGUGUGAGUUCUUGCCUUGGUCACCAUUCUUCUAUCAUCAUAAGCUUCAGGAAUCCUACAUUUGAAGACAUAGUGUUGGAUGUCUUUUUAACAGAUCAGGAGCAUGUCAUGCAUAAUCCCCAUGCAUCUGUAUCCCACCAUUCCAAUAAGGACAGCAUUUUCUGGCUUUCCCUCAAGCAAAAACAAGGAAUCGUUUUGGCUCCAAAAAACAAGUUGGAUAUUCCAGUAUUCUUUGCACCUCACUCAAUGAAACUGUAUGAAGUUGUGCUGGUUAUUAAAGUUGAAAAGUUGGAUGCUGAUAAAUGGUCUUACGAUGACACCUUCGAAUUAAACAGAGCACUAACAAGCAACACUGUAAUAAUGAAGGAUGAAGUCAUCCGGGGAAUUCGUUGGAUCUAUCCAAUUCAUGGAAUUCCUGAAUCACCACCUUAUAAAUCUGCACCAGGAAUCUCUACCCAAGAAGAAUUUGUGUAUGAUAUUGAGUUUGAAUCUGAUAGAGUGGCAUCUCAGCUGAAGUCUGCAGUAGCUAUAAACUUGCUGAAGAAAUUUCGGGAUCUGAAAACUAGAAUUGUGACCUUGAUCUUCAAUAUCAUAUUUGCACCUAGCAAACCAAUGAGGCAUCCGGCAAUGUUGGUGGUACAGUGUGUCACGGGAGGCAUUUGGAAGUUUCCAAUACUGUUUGUUGCCACUGAACCAGAAGUGGAUGAUGUCAUCAAUAUUGAGGCAGCUGGCUUAAACAAGGAAUCGGUAGUUAAAUUUAAGCUUACAAGCCAAACAAGGUACCCAGAGCCUUACACGGCAUACUUCCUAACAGGCAGCGAUCCAGAAUUUGCUGUAUCGCCUCAAGCUGGGGAACUUCUUCCACUUGACUCAACAGGAACCUGGAUCACUGUUGGAUUCAAGCCUAAUAUGUACAGCAAGAAACACACAGCAACAUUAGUAAUACAGACCACAGCAAUGCAAUGGAUGUAUGAGAUCAACGGCCUGCCCCCACAAACUGUACCACCAAGUUCAUCAGCAAAAGUUGACUGCAGGAAUACCUAUGUCAGAUCAGCUACUGUGCAACAACGCAACUUUGUACGGGAAAAUAUGAAGCUGUUAUCCACCGGCGUGUCCUCCACCAUUAAAGGAGCACCUCUCGUUUUAAGAGCAAAAUAAAGCAUAAUGCCCUCAUUUUAUAUAUAUUUUUUAUUUUUUACAAGAGUUGUAUUUACUCAGACUAAAUACUUUAUACAUAGUGAAUUGUAAAACAAUAAAUUUUGUAACAAUUCUAGUGAGCAACUCAGUGUAGAGUUUGUUUUACCUACUUGGGAGAAUGUGUUGGGAAUUUUUGCUGAGUUUCCCUGAUCAAGUGGUAAUAGCAUAUUAGCAUAAAAAUACUGCAGGAUCUGCAAUGUCCUAACAUUGGAAUACCACUGCGUCAUUUUUAGGAUAGCCAUAAUAGAAAAACCAAGCCCCCCCCCCAAG